CAGUUCUAAUUUCCUGUAUCUCCCUACAGAUUCUUUCAGUCUGAGCUAGAGCACGUUAAAACAAAUUUCUGGAGAAACUCAAUAAAUCAGGCAGCAUCUAGAGGCAAAAGGAUGAUCAACAUUUUGAGUUGAAACCCUACAUUUGAAUCACCAUCUUUGAAAGAAAACAAGUUGGAGAUAAUUUCAGAUGAAGUCUCCGAGAAUUUAGAAUCUGCCCAGUAUACAAUUUCUGUACAUAAAACAUGCAAUUAAAUACAUUUUAAAUCACAUUAGACAGAGUUCACACACUUUUUUCUCCCUCUAUCUUUAUAAAUACUCCACAAAUCUAUAAAAUCAUUACAUUGUCCUCAUUCCUUCCAUCCCAAUUACAGCAGGGAUGAUUUCUGAUCUCUUGAUUGCCAGCGCCUUUCUGUCGCACCCAAACCUUUCCUGUGUCAACCUGUGGAACAUGCUUCCUCUCAAGUUAUUUGCAUUUGCAAGUUUUAAGCUAUCCAAUCUUUUGUCUCCAAGUACUGCGCCUCAAACUUUGCUAAUACAGUUCUCACUCAAAUUAGGGCUGCUGUUUCAUGACUGCGAUUGAUACGAUCACAAAUUAAUACAACAUUUUAACGAGAAAUGAAUGCACAGAGUUUAAAAAAUAUAUAUUUGUUGGCUCUAGGUGAGUCAGGUUAGGAACUCUUCUUAGCCAACACCCCGUAAAAUAAAUAAAAGUUCUGGACACAGCAAUGAAACCAACUGUUACCUCCCUGUCCUGCAUGUACCAGUGCUUGCAAUCCACUGGGAAGCUGAAGAGAGUGGAAAAGGAAAGGAAACGGGGAAGGGUAGCAUGAAAUUUGGAGAUGUAAAAAGGAGGUGCGAUAAUUAACCGUAGCUGUUUUUUUUAAAAUCAACUAGCAGUCCAUUCUGUUUCCAGUACAGGCCUCAUCUCCAUACGUUUACAUCCAAGGGGCUCAGACUUGAACAUCAUCUGGUUUAACCACUGACUGUCCUAUUUGUUUAGUGAAUCUUCCUCUCCUACCGAAUCCACUCACUGUCCAAAAUCAAUUCCUGGCUCCUCAUUCUGAUGUGUAACAUAUCUUUAUGGUUUUACUUUCACACCUGUUCUGUUACCUCGAGUGUUCUCCAGUGGUUUAUCCACUUCUAUAUAUGAUCCAUGGGAAGUUUUAUUUCUAAGCAACAUCAAUGUCCUCAGGUGCACUGACAAUAUCCGGUGUACCUUUCUCUUUGCCUCUCCGCUCUCUGAUAUAGUUCUUCCAAGUAAUCAUUAAGCUGGCUAAAAUGGUUUCAAAUAUCGCCACAGACCAUGUUCUGUGGUCUCCUGACCCAUUUCAUAUCUUAAUGUGCACUGAGCAGUAUAUAACCUUAGGACCACCUUCGACCAUAACGUGAGCUUUGGACCAUUUAUAUAAAUAAGAUAGGGUCACAACUGCUUACCUCCACCCCUGUGACACAUUGUCUAUUCCAGAUCGUCCCUUCUAGUUCUGAAAUCCUAAUCUGUGCUCACUUUCACCCCUAGAUAUGAUUAUUCUAACACAAAGGUUGAAGGUGGUGUGGAUAGUGUGGAGGGCAGUCAGAGGUUACAGCAGGACAUUAAUAGGAUGUAAAACUGGGCUGAGAAGUGGCAGACUGAGUUCAACUCAGUUAAGUGUAAAGUGGUUCAUUUUGAUAGGUCAAAUAUGAUGGCAGAAUAUAGUAUUAAUGAUAAGACGCUUUGAUCGUGUGGAUAGUCAGAGGCUUUUUCCCAGUGCUGAAAUGGUUGCUGCAAGAGGACACAGUUUAAAGGUGCUGGGGAGUAGGUACAGAGGAGAUGUCAGGGGUAAGUUUUUUACUCAGAGAGUGGUGACUGUGUGGAAUAGGCUGCCGGAAAUUGUGGUGGAGGCGGAUGCGGCAGGGUCUUUUAAGAGACUUUUGGAUAGGUACAUGGAGCUUAGAAAAAUAGAGGGCUAUGGUAAGCCUAGUAAUUUCUAAGGUAGGGACAUGUUUGGCACAACUUUGUGGGCCGAAGGGCCUGUAUUGUGCUGUAGGUUUUCUAUGUUUCUGUAUUUUCUGAUGACUUUUUCCAUUCAAGAUCAGCCCAGAAUCCGAUGCUCUUGUCCCAGUUCACUACCCAUUUCCAUAUGGUUGUUUUGCUACGUUGAUGUCCUACUUAGCAAUUUCUUUAAUAUGUGUGCCUCAAUCCUCCUGCCCUUCCCUUUCCGUGGCAUAUUUUCUAGCCCUAAAGCCUUCAGCAUCAGUAAUUUUGAGCAGUAGCAAAAUUUGUAAUCCCACUAUUGACAUCAUUACUCGUUGCCAAGGUCCCAAAAACCAGAACUUCUUCAUUUAAAAUGCCCUCCUCCGUGGCCAAACCUUUGGCAUUGUCCUACUCUUUGCGUGGCUCGGGUUUGCAGUAUAUUGCAGUUCCUAUGCUGCUCAUUUUAUCCCAGUGCUCGUUCCAGGCUUUAACCUACAUUGAAGCUUACUGAGUUUAUUAAGUCGAACCUGCUUUUGUGUUCAUUCCAUUUUACCAGUAAACAGGCUGCAGAAAACACAGCACAGCGCCGCAGUGAUUAGAUGCAGAUUUAGCAAAGCGAUAACGGCAAACAAAUCAAAUACAGCUGAUGCCUCCUUGAGUGAAGUUUUACUGAAUACCCUUACUCGACUUUUUAAUUGCAAGGAAACUUUCCGAGGUAAGGUGCAAUCACUGACAACUUGAGGGCAAAGUAAUUACUCGGUAAAAGGACGGAUUACUCUCAUAGCUCAUCUGGGCCAGGCUUUCUCUAAAUGAUUAGUGGUAAAACCUAUUACUGGCAUUAAGGUGACGUCUUGUAGCUUCAGAUUUUCUCAGAUAGAUUCUGGAAGAACCAACUCCCUUGCUGGGGGAAAGCUCUGGCAACAUCAGCUGCAGUCGCGGACAAUUACUUUUUCAAAACAAAAAUCUGGCUUCGUAAACUGGGAAACGCUUUGUUUUCAGUGUGUCCUGGAAUCAGCUGCACCUUUGCUUUUCGGCUGGUCAGCAUGGAGGGACCUACAGUAGAGUUAAUUUCAGUCGCACUGUUUCCUGCUCUUUCUGUACCCGUGCACAAAUCUUUCUAAUUCGUUGAGAGCUCAACCUUAACGUUGGAACUCAGCGGAAAAGAAAAAUGGCCAUUCUGAAAAUCAAGUUCAACGUGCAGAAAAGGGUGAAAUUGGCCCAGGGUCUGUGGCUGCUGAACUGGUUCUGUGUCAUAGUGGGAAUCGUCAUCUUUGGAAUGGGCUUGUUCCUCAAGAUCGAGCUCAGGAAACGGAGCGAGCUAAUGGACAAUGAAGAGAGCCACUUGGUGCCCAACUCCCUGAUACUGGUGGGUCUUACGGCCUGCGCCAUCAACUGCUUUGGUGGCAAGUUUUGCUACGACUCACUCGAUCCGGCUAAGUAUGCCCGAUGGAAAUCGGUGCUCAAGUUCUACCUGGCGUUCUUUUUGUUUUUUGCUUUCUUGACCUUCAUCGCUGUGUUGUUGUGCUUCAUGAUGAGGAUUUACCUGGAAGACACUCUAGCCAAAGGGCUGAAGAACGGCAUGAAAUUCUACAGGGAUACCGACACCCCGGGCAGGUGCUUCAUGAAGAAAACCAUCGACCAGCUGCAGAUAGAUUUUCGCUGCUGUGGGAACAACGGCUUCCGUGACUGGUUUGAAAUCCAGUGGAUCAGCAACAGAUACCUGGACUUCAGCUCCAAGGAGGUGAAAGACCGUGUAAAGAGCAACGUAGAGGGGAAGUAUCUGGUGGACGGGGUCCCAUUCAGUUGCUGCAAUCCGUCUUCUCCUCGGCCCUGUAUCCAGCAGCAGAUCACCAAUAAUUCAGCCCAUUACAGCUACGAGUUCCAGUCAGAAGAGCUAAACCUGUGGACACGAGGAUGCAAGCAAGCACUGCUCAAUUACUACGCCAAUAUGAUGCACUCAAUUGGAGCUCUCGUCUUAUUUGGUUGGGUACUGGAGGUAACAGGGAUGGUCGGGAUGCAGUAUUUGCACACAGCCCUAGACAGCAUUGCAAACCCUGAAGAUCCUGACUGUGAAAGUGAGGGCUGGUUAAUGGAGAAAGGCCUGAAGGAAACAAUUAAAUCUAUGCUGGAAAGCAUUAAAGAGCUGGGUAAGUUUAAUCAAGUAGCCACAACAGCUGAAGAGGAGAAAAAGCAAGAGGAUACGACUGUUGCCACAGUCAGCUGAAGAGAUGGCAAAACAAUAUGUUCGGGAGAAGGCAUGGAUAUAGAAACAAGUUGGAAUGAGCAGGAAAUUAAAAUUGAAUAAAGGUGUAAUACAAAAUCAGAUAAUUAAUUCCCUUCACUGUAUAACAUAAAGCAUUGUGUUAACAACUUUAUUCUUCUGUAUUUUGCAUUGAAAGAUAAACCAGACCUGUCGAAUUGUGUUAAACUCUUUUUUGACAAUUGAUUAUACUAUGCAGUCAGCAGGAAUCUUUUUCAAUGCUUUAUACUAUAUAGAAUGUAAACUACAAACAGUGUAUUGCCUCUGAAUCUGGAAAUAAGGAUGUGAUAAAGGCAUGUUUUAAAUAUUCCAGACAUCUUUAAUAUUGCUCAUUUGCUGUGUGAAAUUAUGUACAAUAUAAACUGCUAUAAAUAGGGCCAAACAUUAAAAAGCUUAUUUGAAAAAAGAUUAACUUAUUAGAAUCAUGAAGUAAUACAGCAUGGACACAGGCCUUUGGCCCAACUGACUCAUGCUGAUUACAUCAUCCUCCUUGCUAGUCCAGGCUGCCUGUGUUCAGCCCAUAAGUACCCUUCCCCUUCCAAGUCCCUAUCCAAAUGCCUCUAAAAUAUUGCAAUUGUACCCACUUUGACCACUUCUUCUGGCAGCUCAUUCCAGAUACUUGCUAUGCUCUUUCAGUUUAAGAAUAUUGACCAUUAAUGUAAUUUCAACAAUCAUUCUUUAGAAACUUAGAACAAAAUCAAAGAGAAAAGUGAAUGUCUGGACGGCACUGCAAUGUUGCUUAAAGCAGAAAUGUUAUCAAGGGCCAGAAACUCUCAAAGAUACUGGCUGCAAUUUCAGAAGACACAUCUAAAGCCAAUUCAAAAUGCCAUCUGCUAAAACAUUCAAGACACUCCCAUUUUCAGAUCCUCAAUAGGUUUGGCCAGUCAAUUUGAGACAAAAAUAUAGUAUUUUGUGAUUUUGUAAAAGAAAUAUACAUAUUCACAUCCAGUUAAAUCUAAACCAUGGUAUGGUUUGCGAAUUAGAUGUGAGAUUAUGAUAGCUAUAAGUAUUGCUGCCAACAUUAGGGUUGUAUUUAGGUCAGAGUCCAAAUGUAGUUAAAUUUUCUACAAGAUAUAAGUUUAAAUAUUUCUGCAAAGUAUUUCCAUACAGAUAAUGUAACAUCUCUUAGCAGGGAUACAGAAAUUUGGAAUGUCUUCUGAAGGAAGUUUCAUUAAGCAAACUUUUAUGAUCACUUUAAAUAUAUAUAUAUGUUAGCAGUUUUAAAUAUAACUGUCUACAGUGGCUUCAAGGAUAAAAUCCUAAGUACGUUUAAUGCCAGUUUAUAGGAUUAACUUUGUAAUUCUUUUCCAAAGGAGACGAACUAAUUCACCAUGACAUCUAAAUUGUUGCGCAGAUCUGUGAUAAAUAUAAGAGGAAAGAAAGGCUUUUAUCCUUUCAUUGUCCCAUAUUCUGCCAUAUUAAAUACCCUCAAAUAUUCUGUAGAAUUGUUAUGGAAAUUAGAAUAUUAAAAACAUAAAUUGUCUAUUUUUCAUUUUACAAUUUUCUAUAAUUCACUCCUGAACUAACGAAUUCCACUUCAAACUGUUUGAAGAUAGUAAAUCUUAAAAAAUAUGAUGUAAGAAUUGACUCAUACUUUUAUAAAGAAAUACAUCAACGUAGGCAUCCAAACCAAAACAGUGAAGCAAAUAGGCAAAGCAACAGAUUUGGGCACAAGAUGCCUGAAAGUUCUAUCUUCAACUGAUGAAUAUUAGGCGGGAAAGAAAUAUGUGCACAUCAAUUUAGAAAGACUGUUAAGCAAAGGUUGAAAAUUGUUGUAGAAAAAUGUAGGUCUAGCCAAUCAUGUGAUUAAUAACUGGAAUAAUGAAAUCACAUUCAAUGUUUAGUAUCUCCAGGAAUAUAGUUUUCUUCACAUUUCAUAGGGUAAUUCUCCAUUCCAGGAAACAGUCCAUGAUCUUCCUUUACACAUUGCUCAGGGUAUGGUUUCAAUAAACCUCUAUCAAAGUGCAGUAAAGCUGCAUUAUUUCUGUACUCCAAUCACUUUGUAAUAAAGGCUAACAAUUUUUUUUGGACCUGCAUGUUAAUUUCUGCAUUUAGUAUGCAAGGAAACAGAGGUACCCUUGGAGUACCAACAUCUUUCACAAUUUAAAAACUGUUAUGCUUCUCUGUUUUUCAAUACGAAGUGGCUAACUUCACAGUUCCUCACAUUCUGUCCCAUUUGAUACGAAUUAGCCACUCACCUUACUACACAUAUCCCUAGUCUCUAUCUCCCUCUCAUGACCCAUUUUCCCAGUAAUCUGAGGCAUAGUACACUUUUUCUCUCCAUCAACUAAAUCAUAAAUAGGAAAACCUGGUGGCACGUUAUCAAAAGCACUUUGAAAAUCUGAAAAUAGUUACCUUGUCCAUUUACCUUGUUAUUUACACUCUCAAGAAAUCAUCAACUUCCUUUGAAUUUGUAGAUGUUAUGCCUGGUCCUAUGACAAUAUAAAGUGCUUCAGAAAAUAGCAAAUUACAGGGAGAUGGGCUCACAGAGUUCAGUGUUAAAAUAGAAUUCUUCAUAGAUAAACUUGCUAACAUCUCAUUUUUGAUUGAAUAAUCCUUGUGCACUACAAUAACUUAAAAUCCAUAACCAUGGCUGUUGUCUAAAUUAGAUGUAUUCAGUAGAGAAGCUUAAUCUUUGUUCUUUAACAAUACUAAAUGUCUGUUUCUUGUUAAACUUAAGUACUGUUUUGUUAUAAGCUGUUAGUAUAAGCCAUUGAUAUGACAACAAAGUGAGUUGGGCUUCAUUGAACAAGGCUGUGGGGAUAAAAGACAAGAUAGUUCCAUAGUUCUAUUUGGUCAGUGGAUCUUAUGUAGUAUCUGAUAAUAUUAUCAAACAUCUCAAAUAUCUAAUGCAAAGGAUUACAUUUUUAAAAUACAUUAAGUGGGAAAAACAGGUUUCAUACCACAAAAAUAAGAAUUAAAUGAAUAGACAGGAUUAAAUGAGAAAGAUUCAGGUAUAAAUAUGGCAUAAGCACCUCAAGUGUUUUUCCGGAUUAAAAACUGCUGCCUAAUAUAUUUGAAAAAUUCAUUAAAUGUAGAGGAGAAGAUUAAUUUGUGCAUCCAAUUUGCAGCAAACAUUUUAAAAAUUGAAUCAGUAUACAUUUAUGUGUAUACUCGCAGCUUACAAAAUACUCUUGUAGGGUAAUUUUUAAUCUGCAUUAUGAUAGUCCAGUGGUUGUAUUUCUGGAUAAGCAGGCAAACUUCUGGUGCAAUGAUUCCACCAUGGCAUCAGGAACAGUAACCUCAAACUACCAGUUGUUAUGAUAACCCACCUAGUAUACGUAUCCUUUAAGGAAUAAUUCUUCCAUCUCCAGUCCAGCUUAUGCAUGAAAGCAGACCUACCAAUAUUGCUGACUUUUAACUGCCAGUUUGAUUUAGGAACCAUUAAAAAUGGGCAAUGCUGGAAUUGUGAACAACAGUAUCAUGAAAAAAAUAACAGUUAAUGGUACAUUUCAUUGUUAGUCAAUUUUUUCAUACAGCUUUUUAUUAAAAAAUACACAAUAAAUUUUUUUGUAUCUAUGAGCAGCAUAGUGAGGUUGCAAACAAAUGGCUUGGCAUUUUGUACAUUGAGAUAUCCAACAUUAAUUCUUUGUUUCAAGGUGGCUAGGUUUAUUCACAGAACUAUGCUGUAUCUGAAAGAAUAUAAAGGUUGGCAUUCAUCCAUGAUCAACUUUCAAAAUAGUAACUGGUUAUUAAAAUUUAUAUUCCAUGCUAACCCUAUAUAUUAUGUUUAAGUCAGAAAAAAAUCACUAAUCUUAAAUCAGCUCUCUUUUCCACUUAUGUAUUUUUACUCUGAAAUUAGUAGCCAAAUAAUGUAUUUAAGUACUGUACUAUAAGUGAAUAGAAGAUAUAAUGAAAUUAAUAAAAACUUGUGGUUAUUUCAUCACUUAAAAGGAACACGCAAGAAAAAUACACAGAAAAGGAGGGAACAGGGAAGUUUUGCAAAAAAAUCAUGUUAAUAAUUUAAAAAUUUGCUUCAUGAAUUUUCCCUCUCCUUACGGGAACUCAUGGUAAGAAACUGUGCUGUUUGAGGUUGCCUAAAUGGAGCUAUUUUUAAUGUGAGCCCAAUCCUGAGCAUUUGUAGGUUAACUAAUCUGUGGCAAAUCCAGAGUCAAACUUUAUCCCUACACAACUGGAAAUCUCACACACAUCCAGCAGAUAUAGAUAACAAAAAAUGCCCAGAUCACUUUUCCCUUCUGUAAACCUUCCCCAAAAAAGUUAACUGCAGUACUCAUCUAGCUUCACUUAAGGUCACCUAUAUUCUCACAACCUCUCAAGACAGAUGUGUUAAGAAAAAUUCAAUACCAUACACAGCUCUUAUAUAGUUAAGGGAUUGUUCAAAAUUAUAGUGGAUAAACUUGUGAACUUCUUAUAAAAAGUGCAAGUUUGUAUUCAAUUGAAGAAAAAAAACACAUUUGGAAAGAUUAUAUCUACAAAUAAUCAAAAUACAAUGUCAAAAUGGAGAUCAUUACCAGUGAAAAUUAAUCCAGAGGAUAGAGGAAAUGGUCACCUGAUUUUUAUCGAUGUUGGGUGAUAAACUUCACAUUCUCAGAAGACAUUUUAUGAAUAACAAAGUACAUCAGUUUUUAAUGGCUGAAAUUAACACUCGAAAAUAUCUAUAAUGACUGAUUAAUGUUACCAUGUUAAUUUCCCGUUUGCAAUGUCCUCAAAUGUUACUUCAAGGAUGAGUACAGAAGAUUAAGGCUAAUAUAAUAAUCAUCUUAAAUUUCAAUACUCUAUUAAAAACUGCAAAUGCACAAUAGGCAGGAAUAAUAGAAGUACUAUAGUUCAUUUUGACAUAUCUGGGCCAUUAAGACUGUAUUCCUGUAAGACAUAUUCACAAUUAUGCAAAUAACAAGCUGUUUUAUUAGGAGAAUUGGGACAGAUUUAAACUAAUUGUUAAAAGGACCAGCCCAAUAAAGAGAUGAAGCAGUAACCAUCUAAAGGUAUUUAGAUAUGGACUCAAAAUCGUUAUCAUUUGCAGUACAAUGUCCAAAUUCCACCAAAGAACUGUCACAAAAACAAAUAAUGUCAAAUUCCUAUUUGAAAUUUUAUUCAAAAGAUAAUUUAGAAAGUUAUAAACCAAAGAUGUAUUGUUGCUUGAUACUACCACACGAAGUUAAUUUAAGAUAGUAAUUAAUUUAUUAAUGAGCCUUUAUUCAAAGUUGAUGAUGUCCAUUGACUUCAGUGGCCAUAUAAUUGGGCAGGGAAAAUCAGGAACCACCUUCAUAUAGUUGUGCAGUUGUGCCUCUGAUGUGACAAGAGUCAGGUUCCGUUCCUAUUUCCUCUCAUCCCCAACAUUUGCACACCAAUGUGCAAAAUGUUUGGAAAGUUUCAGUCAAUACCUCUCGAAAGUAAAAAUAAUAGAAUCUGAUGUUUGUGGAGAAGUGUUGUUGAAACUAAGAUGAAUAAAUUAAUUUGGGAAAUUUUGCAAAUAAAGCUCCUUUGAAAGAAACAUUUCAAACCAUUCCAGAAACUGAAUGAAGACCACAUUCUCAUAAAAAUAAGGAGAAUCACAGUUUAAAGAUUCCAUUUUAAGAAUAUUUGAAGAAGUGCUAUUCAAAUACAUGAUGAUGUGAUUUGCAGGUCAGGUACUUCACAGCCAGUUUUAGAUCCCCUGCUUUCAAAUAACCUGUUUACUUUAAACAACUAAGUAUUUCGUGUUAAUAUGAUAUUCUUUCCAAAGUAUAUUUCUGUAUAUUUAACAGCUGGUACAUGGACUUUAUUUUCAUAAUAUUUGAAAACACAUAUUAUGAUUCAAAUGAUCAAAUGUCCUGCAAUUAAAUAUUUUAGAGCCAAUGUCAAGGAGUGAAGGGAAAACGAGGCCAAUCAGGUUUCUAACUUAACAACCGUCCCUUGAAAAAAACAUUAAGCUAUGGCAAAUGACUUGAAAAUUUACUUAGAUAGGAAAACAGAUACAAACCACACUAGUUUGCUAUCUUAACACCAUUCUCUUCCCUAAAAAUGUUAGUUGACUCACGUUCACAUUUCCAUGGAUACCAGCCAGUACUUGUUUAAAUUGGCAUUUCAAACUCUUUACAUUAAAGGAAGCCUAAAUUAACUUUAAUUCAUUUUUAAAAUUUCAAUUUCAUGGGUUAUCAAAAAUGCAAUCCUUGGUCUGAUUCUUCUUUACAGCUAAAGUUAUAACUCAGUAGAAAAUAACUUUACCUGAAUAAAGUCCAUGAAGAUAAAAAUCAACAAAAAUUUUGUGAGACAAAUACCCAUUUGGAAGGUUUAUCCAUUAUGAACAGAGACAAAGAUUUUCAACACCUAAAGCAUUUAUUUGAAUCUUCAGCUUUUUACAUAUAGUACAUAGUACCAAUUAUACAUGAAUUCAACAUAUAUUAACAGCCCAUUUAUUACAAGAAUUCUCCCAAAUAUCUAAAGUAUUUGUUUAUAUAAACAUUUCUACAGUGAAUGUAAAUGCAUGCUAAAUGUUUCCAUGAGCGAAAAUUGCACAAUACGUGAGAAUGUGGUCAAUUUAAGGUAUUAACAGGACGUGAAAGGAAGAAAUGGGUGUGCUUUCUGUUUCAGCAAAUUAUGUACAUUACUUUAAAAUUAAAACAUUUAAAUUUACUAUUUUGGGCUUUUGUUAGGCUUUUUGUCCAUAGUAGAUCCACAUCAGCUUCAGCCAAGGGUAUGCAAAUAAAAAUGAUCUCACUCU